UGACUUCAGAACACAGAUUUAAUGGAACACUCAACAGAUGAUUAAACUGUAAACAUAUCAUCACAGCUUAAAGUUUUAUGCAGUUUUUGUAAACGGAUCUAGAAUAGGAAACACGAUGCCAGGCUCUGUGAAGCUGCGCAGCAUUAAGAGGUUUGGACACGAAAACAAUGCAUACGAUUUUUCCAAUGAAGAGCAAAAUGCAGAAUACAUGACAAUAGCAUCUUCUAAAAAGCAGAAAACGUCCAAGCCCGGCCAGAAGAAGGAAGAAGCAGCCAUCCGUGUUGGGUUCUUUCAGCUGUUCCGCUUUGCCACAUGCCGAGAAAUCUUGAUGAUGAUCUUUGGGAGUUUGUGUGCUAUAUUACACGGCUCUGCCCAGCCACUCAUGCUGCUCGUGUUUGGGUUGCUGACUGACACAUUCAUUGACUAUGAUAUCGAGCUGAAUGAGCUGCAAGAUCCAGCCAAACACUGCCUAAAUAACACCAUUCAGUGGCGGAACCUCUCAGCCGAGGAGAACUUGGAGCUCAAUAUGACCAGAUCCUGUGGGUUGUUAGAUAUAGAGUAUGAGAUGACUAACUUUGCUUACUACUACGUUGGUAUUGGGUGUGCUGUCUUCUUGCUUGGAUACAUACAAAUCUCUCUGUGGGUGUCCAGUGCUGCUCGACAGAUCCAGAUCAUCCGGAAGCUGUACUUCAGCAAAGUCAUGAGGAUGGAGAUCGGCUGGUUCGACUGCAACUCCGCGGGUGAACUUAACACACGCAUGUCUGACGAUAUCAAUAAAAUAAACGACGCCAUAGCGGAUCAGGUGGGAAUCUUUAUUCAGCGCUUCACCACCUUCGUCUGUGGCUUCCUCAUGGGCUUUGUAAAGGGCUGGAAGUUGACACUGGUCAUCAUCUCUGUGUCUCCACUCAUUGGAGUGGGAGCUGGGCUGAUGGCUUUGUUUGUGGCUAAGCUAACUGGUUGGGAGCUGCAGGCCUAUGCUAAAGCAGGCUCUGUAGCAGACGAGGUCCUGUCCUCCAUCCGUACCGUGGCAGCCUUCGGUGGAGAGAAGAAAGAAGUUGAUAGAUAUGAUCGUAAUCUGAUCUCAGCUCAGCGCUGGGGCAUUAGAAAAGGCCUGAUCAUGGGAUUCUUCACUGGCUACAUGUGGUUUAUUAUAUUCCUCUGUUACGCACUGGCAUUUUGGUAUGGCUCCAGUUUAGUGGUCGAUACAGAGGAGUACAGCCCUGGAACCCUGCUUCAGGUAUUUUUUGGUGUACUUAUUGCUGCGUUGAACCUGGGACAAGCUUCUCCCUGUCUGGAAGCGUUUGCUGCAGGCCGAGGCGCUGCUACCAUCAUCUUUGAGACUAUUGACCGUGAGCCAGAGAUCGACUGCCUGUCUGAGGCCGGCUACAAGCUGGAUAAAGUGAAAGGAGAUCUGGAAUUUCACAAUGUGACCUUCCACUAUCCAUCUAGACCAGAAGUGAAGAUCCUGGAUCAGAUGAAUCUGCAGGUGAAGUCUGGGGAGACCACAGCUUUUGUGGGACCAAGUGGGGCAGGAAAAAGCACAGCCGUACAGCUCAUGCAGCGCUUCUACGAUCCCAAAGAGGGCAUGGUCACCCUGGAUGGUCACGAUAUUCGGGGUCUGAAUAUCCAGUGGCUCCGCUCGCUCAUCGGCAUCGUGGAGCAGGAGCCGGUUUUAUUCGCCACUACCAUUGCGGGGAAUAUUCGCUACGGACGUCCUGGUGUAUCUGACAGUGACAUCAUCAAAGCCGCCAAAGAUGCGAACGCCUACAACUUUAUAAUGGACUUACCACAGAAAUUUGACACGCUGGUUGGUGAGGGUGGUGGACAAAUGAGUGGUGGCCAGAAGCAGCGAAUUGCAAUCGCUCGAGCUCUGGUGCGGAAUCCCAGAAUCCUUCUGCUGGAUAUGGCCACUUCUGCACUCGACAAUGAGAGUGAAGCUAUUGUACAGGAAGCCCUUGACAAGGUCCAAAUGGGUCGUACCACCAUUUCCAUUGCCCACCGUUUGUCGACGAUAAAGAAUGCAGAUGUGAUUGUUGGGUUCGAGCAUGGGCGAGCUGUAGAGAGAGGCAAACAUGACGAGCUGAUGGACAGAAAGGGUGUAUACUUCACUCUGGUCACUUUACAGAGUCAGGGAGACAAAGCUCUCAAUCAGAAAGCCCAACAAAUGGAAGAGGAAGCUGCAGGAGAUCCUGAAGCAGAGAAGAAAAAUCUUUCUCGGGCAGGAAGCUACCGGGCAAGCCUAAGGGCCUCUAUUCGUCGUGGGGCUAAAUCACGUCUAUCCAACAUCAUUCCAGAAUCCUCAGUACCCAUUGCUGGGGAACUUGGACCUCAGUCCUACUCUGAAACCUACGUUUCCCAGGAGCUGAGUAAAAAAGGUGCGAGUCCUGAAGAUGAUGAUGAUGAAGAAGUAGAACCAGCCCCGGUAGCUCGCAUUCUGAAGUACAAUGCCCCUGAAUGGCCUUACAUGGUUUUUGGGUCUUUCGGGGCAGCUGUGAAUGGGGGAGUCAAUCCUGUGUACUCUUUGCUUUUCAGCCAGAUCUUGGCAACAUUCUCUAUGCCUGACCCUGGUGCCCAGAGGAGGGAAAUUAAUGGAAUUUGUUUGUUCUUUGUGUUAGUUGGUGUGGUUUCAUUUUUCACACAAAUGCUUCAGGGCUAUGCAUUUUCUAAAUCAGGGGAGUUGCUGACACGUAGAUUGAGGCGCCUGGGUUUCCAAGCCAUGUUAGGCCAGGAGGUUGGCUGGUUUGAUGACCACAGGAACAGCCCGGGUGCUUUGACCACUAGACUGGCCACAGAUGCUUCACAAGUUCAGGGAGCCACAGGCUCACAAAUUGGAAUGAUUUUGAACUCUCUGACCAACAUCGGCGUGGCCCUCAUUAUCUCCUUCUACUUCAGCUGGAAGCUCAGCUUGGUCAUUAUCUGCUUUUUGCCUUUCCUUGCACUUUCUGGAGGCUUCCAGGCCAAGAUGCUUACUGGCUUUGCAAAGCAGGACAAGCAAGCCAUGGAAGCAGCUGGACAGAUAUCUGGCGAGGCGCUGAACAACAUCCGCACCAUUGCUGGUCUGGGUAAAGAGCGCAGUUUUGUUCAUAUGUAUGAAGCACAGCUUGAAGCACCGUACCAAGCUGCACUAAAGAAGGCUAAUGUCUACGGUGCCUGCUAUGGAUUUGCCCAGUGUAUAGUCUUCCUGGCAAACUCAGCAUCUUAUCGGUUUGGCGGAUACUUGGUGCGGCACGAGAACCUUCAUUUCAGUAUGGUGUUUAGGGUCAUCUCAGCCAUUGUAACCAGUGGAACAGCGCUCGGAAGAGCCUCCUCAUACACACCUGACUAUGCCAAAGCAAAGAUCUCUGCGGCUCGCUUCUUCCAGCUGCUCGACCGUGUCCCUAAAAUCAGUGUCUAUAGUGACAAAGGCGAAAAAUGGGCCGAUUUCAAAGGGGAAAUUGAUUUCACAGACUGUAAGUUCACUUACCCGAGCCGGCCAGAUAUCCAGGUUUUGAAUGGACUUACUGUAAGUGUGAAACCUGGUCAGACUCUCGCUUUUGUGGGUAGCAGCGGCUGUGGCAAGAGCACUAGUGUCCAGCUGCUUGAGAGAUUUUACGACCCCGACUUAGGACGAGUGUUAAUCGAUGGACAUGAUUCUACUUCUAUCAACGUUCCAUUCCUGCGCUCUAAAAUCGGGAUCGUUUCCCAAGAGCCGAUUCUGUUUGACUGCAGCAUUGCGGAAAACAUCCGUUAUGGGGAUAACCGCAGGGAGCUCAGUAUGGAUGAUGUCAUCUCUGCAGCCAAGAAGGCCCAACUCCAUGACUUUGUCAUGUCUCUUCCCGAGAAAUAUGACACUAAUGUGGGCUCCCAAGGGUCACAACUCUCACGUGGUCAAAAGCAGCGCAUCGCCAUCGCCAGGGCAAUCAUACGAGACCCGAAAAUCCUCCUCCUGGACGAGGCGACAUCAGCUCUGGACACAGAGAGUGAGAAGACAGUACAAGAAGCUUUGGAUAAAGCGAGGGAAGGACGCACAUGCAUCGUCAUCGCUCACCGUCUCUCCACCAUCCAGAAUUCGGACAUCAUAGCAGUGAUGUCACGAGGGCUUGUGAUUGAGAAGGGCACGCACGAUCAGCUCAUGGCCUUAAACGGAGCUUAUUACAAGCUGGUUACGACUGGAGCACCGAUCAGCUAGUUGUCUGUUAUAUGGAGCCAGGAUUAUUAAUGAUUAAUGUCCCGCUAAUGUAUAAUGAAAAUGUAGUAUUGAUACUGAGGUAGAAAUCUAAUACUGAUCCAAAGGCAAAGCCUAAGAUUUGAAAAAAAUAUGUCUAAUUUAAGAAACCACAAAUAAUGAAUAAUGAAUGUAUCUUAUUUACUCAGUUUGUACAGAGGUAAAGGAUUGUAACAUUUGUUUGAUCACAAUCAAUAAUUAAUACCGCAUGGGUAUAAACUAAUAACUAAUUCAUUAUUACAAUAGUUUUAUUUCACUUAUACUCUCAUUGGCCACUUUAUUAGGUGUUCAACUGCUAUUUAAAGCAAAUAUCUAAUCAGCCAAUCAUAUGGAAGCAACGCAAAGCACUUAGGCAUGCAGACAUGGCCAGGACGAGCUGCUAAAGUUCGAUCUGAGCAGCAGAAUAGGGAAGAAAAGUGAUUAACGUGACUCUGAGCAUGGCAUGGUUGUUGGUGUCAGACGGAUUGGUCUGAGGAUUUCCGGAACUGCUGAUCUACUGGGAUUUUUACACGCCACAGAGAAUGGUUUACAGAGAAUGAGAAUUAAAAAGAGACAAUAUCCAGUAAAUGGCAGUUCUCCGAGUUUGCAUGUUCUUCUCGUGCUUGGUGGGUUUCCUCUGGGUACUCCGGUUUCCCCGCACAGUCCAAAGACAUGCAGAUUAGGGUAAUUGGCAUUCCCAAAGUUGCCCAUAGUGAGUGCAUGUGUGUCUGUGUGCCCUGCGAUGGAUUGGCACCCUGUCCAGUGUGUACCCAGCCUCGUGCCCUAAGCCUCCUGGGAUAGGCUCCAGGCCCCUUGUGACCCUGAAUACAGGAUAAAGUGGGAUAGACAAAUAAGUGAGUGAGUGGCAGUUCUCUGAUGUUCACUAUCAAAAAUAAUGUCAUUAUUGUCAGGGGCAGAGAAGAAUGGCCAGACUGGUCUGAGCUGAUAGAAAUGCAGUACCUCGCCUCCGAGUGGCGCAGUGGUAAAGUGCUCACCCUGUCAUCCGGAGAUCGCUGGUUCGAUUCCCGGGUGAUGCUGUAACCUCUCGCAGCCAGAGGUCUAGAGAGAGCUGAUUGAUAGAGCCGAGCUCUCUCAGAGGGGAGGGAUGAGAGGUACUUUGUGCUCCCACAUCAAUUACGGCUCUACAGACAAUCAGGGGCGUUUGUGAGCUCACACAUGCGGAAGGAGCGAAUAGCGUUGUCCUCCGAGUGUGUUACGCCGCCCGUAACAGUGCGUGAGCGAGCAGUUUGAAAAGAUGCAGUCGGCUGGCAUCACGCGGUUCAGAGGAAACGAGUGAUAGUCUUCGGCCCUCCCGACUGAGUGGUAGUAGUAGCCUUAAUGUGGGAGCCCCCUAGUGAUGGGGAGGAAUUGGACACGACUAAAUUAGGGAGAAAAUCUGAAAGAAAAAAAAAAAAGAAAUGCAUUACCUCAAAAUUUAGAAAAAUUUUGCCUGGUCUGAUGAGUCUCAAUUUCUGCUACAAGAUUUUGAUAAGUUCGGAAUUUGGCUUAAACAACAUGAAAGCAUGGAUCUAUCCUGACUCGUACCAACAGUUCAGGUUGUUUUCUUGGCCCACUUUAGCCCCUUUAGUACUAAUUGAGCAUUGAUUAAAACCACAGCCUACCUGAGUAUUUGUUGAUGUUUAUGUCCAUUCAUUUAUGAUCACAGAAUAUGCACCAUAUGACAAAGCUAAAAUCAGCUCCAACUAGUUACUUGAACUCGACAAUGAGUUCACUGUACUCACACGGCCUCCACGGUCACCAGAUCUCAAUCCUAUAGAACACCUUCAGAAUAGAGAUACGAUCGUGAUAUGCAGUCAACAAAUCUGCAGCAACUGCAUGAUGCUGUCGUAUCAAAACGGCUCAAAAUCUUUAAGGAAACUUCCAGCACUUUGUUGGAUCUGCGUCAUGCAGAAUUAAUGCAGUUCUGAAGGCAAAAGGGGUCCAAUCCAGUACUACAGUAGCACAGUGUGCCUAAUGAAGUGGACAGUGAGUGUACAUGCUGUAUAUAUAGUGUAUAUGAUCCAUAGAAGGCCUAACAAUAAUUUAAACAAUUUGUAAAAAAAAAAAAAUUGGGCUGUAUUUUUAAAUGUAUUUCAUUUAAAAAGAGCAAAAUGUUUAGCUGCUUUUGUUCACAAAAUUUUGUUUUUUAUUUUUUUGGAUUAACCUUAUUUAAACAAGUAUUUGUAUAUAUUAAUAAAAACAGAAAACAAUUGUGCACUGAAAUGUUUAAAUAUUUGUAAAUUUUAAUUUAUUACAAUUACAAUAUGAAUUGAUUAACCAUAUCAAUUCAGAAACAAUGAUGACACGGCUCAGUGGAGGCUGGCGAUAUAAUUUAUUAGCUUAAGGUUAUAUUUUAUAUCCUAAGGAAUAAAAAAAUGCAUGUAAUUGUUAAUAGGAGAACAAGAUAAAAGUGUACAUUUUCAUCAAUCAUUUAUCUCAAAUCUGAACUAACAAUGCAGUUAGCGAGAACACCAUGCUAAAGAGCCCUAAAACGUGCGCACGCUAUUAUCUAUAGUUAAGAAGGAACUACGACUAAUGUGUAAUAUAAUAUACCUUCCAUAUAAAAAUGCCUUCUGUUUAUAACAAUAGUCCAUUAAGCAUUUUU